AUGUCCAUCACAAAGAUCCACGCACGCCAGAUCUUCGACUCGCGCGGUAACCCCACCGUCGAGGUCGACCUCUACACUGAAAAGGGACGCUUCCGUGCCUCUGUCCCCUCUGGUGCCUCCACCGGUAUCCAUGAGGCCGUCGAACUCCGUGACGGCGACAAGUCAGCCUACGUCGGAAAGGGUGUCCUCAAGGCCGUCGCCAACGUGAACGACAUCAUCGCCCCCGAGGUCCUCAAGUCCGGCCUCAAAGUCACCCAACAGAAAGAAAUCGACGACUUCCUCAUCAAGCUCGACGGAACCCCCAACAAGGGCAAACUCGGUGCCAACGCCAUCCUCGGUGUCUCCAUCGCCGUCGCUGACGCCGCCGCCUCCGAGAAGGGCGUCCCGCUCUACCAGCACCUCGCUGAUCUCGCUGGCGUCAAGCCCCCGUUCGUGAUGCCCUGCCCGGCGUUCAACGUUAUCAACGGCGGUUCGCAUGCCGGUAACAAGCUUGCGUUCCAGGAGUUCAUGCUGCUUCCCACCGGAGCGACAAGCUUCGCGGAUGCGAUGAAGAUUGGUACGGAGACUUACCACACGCUCAAGAAGGUCAUCAGCGCCAAGUACGGUAUCGAUGCCGUCAACGUCGGUGACGAGGGUGGAUUCGCGCCCAACGUCUCUGGCGCCGAGGAAUCCCUCGAGCUCCUCUCCGAGGCCAUCAAGAAGGCCGGCUACGAAGGCAAGAUCAAGAUCGCUCUCGACGUCGCCUCUUCCGAGUUCUACAAGGAGGGCAAGUACGACCUCGACUUCAAGAACCCGAACUCUGACCCGUCCAAGUGGAUCUCGGGCGUCGAGCUCGCGGACCUCUACCUCUCGUACGUCGAGAAGUACCCGAUCGUGUCGAUCGAGGAUCCCUUUGACCAGGACGACUGGGAGGCCUGGACUCACUUCACGGCGAAGAGUGGGAUUCAGAUCGUCGGUGAUGAUUUGACGGUGACGAACCCGUUGAGGAUCAAGACGGCUAUUGAGAAGAAGGCUUGCAACGGUCUCUUGCUCAAGGUCAACCAAAUCGGUACGAUCUCCGAGUCCAUCCAGGCCGCUCAGCUCUCUCAGUCCGACGGCUGGGGUGUCAUGAUCUCCCACCGUUCCGGCGAGACUGAGAACACCGUCAUCGCCGACCUCGUCGUCGCCCUCCGUACCGGCCAGAUCAAGACCGGUGCCCCUGCCCGUUCGGAGCGUGUCGCGAAGUACAACGCUCUUCUCCGUAUCGAGGAGGAGCUCGGUGGCUCUGCGACCUACGCCGGUGCCAAGGGUCUCUCCGCCGGCCUCACCGCCCCCGCUCUCCACAAACAGUAA